UCAAGCGUCGAGCUUUGAGUUCUGGGGUUGAAACCAAUUUGUUUCACUCCUCUUGUAGCUUCCAGAUCCGUAGCUCGUCUUCAUCACUGUAUUUCUAAGUACAAAAACGGAAAUAGCCGAAUAAAAUUAAUUUGGAUAUAUUCUUAUUCCUUGCAACAAUGGCAGACAGCGCAGUUGACACCACUACAACCUCUGAGGUCUCACCAAAGGACUUGAAGGAGAAGAAAGAAGUUGUAGAGGAGGUGGAUGAAGCCGAGAAGGAGAACGGCAGCGACGACGCACCUGCCAAUGGAACAAAGACAAAUGGUGCUGAAAAUGGUGAUGAGACCCCUGAAGAUGAGGAGGAAGAAGAGGAAGGAGAUGGAGAUGAGGGUGAGGAUGGAGAGGAUGGUGCAGAGGAAGAGGCUGAUGGACAUGCUGUGAAGCGCCAAGCGGAAGAGGAAGAAAAUGUUGAAACAAAAAAGCAGAAGACAGAAAAUGGCAGCUCUACAGAAGAUGAAGUGAAAGCCUAAAGCCUCAGUCUACUUUCAGUAGCUCUGUCCACAUGGUCAAUAUGACCUAGUAGAGGUUGUGCUUUCAUAUACAUCACAGAAACAUUUCCCCCAUAUUCUAUUUGCACUGGAGUUCUAUAACGUCACAGCCCUUUUUUUGUAAAAUGUUAUUUAUUGGUCCCUUCAUGGCCAGUUUUAAUUACUGCUGAAAAUGGGGCCUGUUCAUGAGAACAGUCCCUUUUUUUCCUUCUUCAAAACAGUUGUGAAGCACAUUUUCUACUUUGUUACCUGACCAGCUGGUGAUAGUCUUAAGCAGCUGUGCCCUUUCUUAUAAGGUUCAGACAUUUAUAUGGUGACCUCUUAAACAUUCAAUGAAGACCAAAGAUAAGUUUUAAGCAGGGGGUAAUGGACAGUUAGGGUUAGAAUGGUUCUAUUUUAGCUUGUGCUGCUAGUAGUUAUAAAACCUUGCCUUGCUGGUCUGUAAUGUAACGGCAGAUGGCACACACAAAUUUGAGGGCCUCUUUACUGAACAUGAUAAUUUGGCCCACUGAGCAAAUAAGCUUAUGCAAUGUUUAUUAACCCCUCUUAAAUCUUAAGGUUUUGGUCCCUGUUCUGUAUCCAUUUGUUUUCUUCAAGGUCUGUACAGUUUGGUUUAAUAUUUGCUGGGAUAACAGAUUUAGGUCUUUAAAAGCUUCGGAAAACCUAUACUGGUGGUCCUUACUUUGUCCUCUCUAAGCAAUCUUUUUUUAAAAAAAAAAAAAAAAAACAACAAAUGGUUUGUUUGCGCUGACCACUGCUUUGUAUAUUCUGGUUCUGGAUUAUAAAUAAAUCAGUCUUGUCUUUUUA